UGGUAUUCCAUGCAGCAGCCUCCCACGCGCCGCUAUCGCCCACGCCAGGAUCUGCGUCACGCAGGCGCGUGGGAGUGAGAGAGCAAUGUAGCAAGCGCGGAAUAUCCCAAUUCUGGCAGUAGGGGAGAGAGCGGAAACCAACUAGUUUGAGAGUCCCUCCGUUAUUCAAACUACAGAGUGCGUGAGAGUUAAUUCAAUAACAGAGAGCCGAAGGACGCGUCGCUUACCCGCCGAACGCGCGGCACCUCAUUGGACAGUGAAGCGUCGCGUAACUCUACGGAGCGUCAUAUUUCAGAACUUUAAUAAUCAUUCAACCACACGCCACUUUUGGAAGAGUUUUGUUGGAAAAAGACAACGAAAGAAAACCAAAAGGUAUGGCAGCGACUUUACCCAGAACCCUUGGGGAGUUGCAGCUCUACCGCAUCCUUCAGAGGGCCAACCUGCUGUGCUACUACGAUGCCUUCAUCCAGCAGGGCGGCGAUGACGUUCAGCAGCUCUGCGAGGCCGGCGAGGAUGAGUUUCUAGAGAUCAUGGCUCUCGUAGGCAUGGCCAGCAAACCGCUGCACGUCAGACGCCUACAGAAAGCUCUGCGCGAUUGGGUCACAAACCCUGCCCUGUUCAAUCAGCCCCUCACGUCCCUUCCCGUCUGCAGCAUUCCCGUCUACAAGCUGCCCGAAGGGUCGCCCACAUUGUUGCCUGGGAAUGGCGCCCGAGGAGACACCCAAGUCAAAGUGCCCAAGUGUUUGGCAGCUGCUUGCGUGGAUCCCGGAAAAGUGGAAUCAGGCAACGGGAACUCUUCUGCCACAGUUUCGCCCCUUCAGAGUGGCAGCGAGCCACGUUUUUGGACUGGGCACGGCACAGAGAGCGAGCACAGCCUGUCCCCGGCAGAACUGGGCUCUCCGUCUUCCCCUCGGGACGGCCUGGAGGCACUAGAUGCGGCUGCUGUUCAGUCUGUGGCAGAGUGCGUAGAAAGAAUCGCUCAGACUUUGCCCAAGAGUGACCCCGGAGAGGUUAAAGAACAGUUGAAGGGAAAUAAGAAGCUUGCCAAGAUGAUCAGCCACAUCUUUGACAUGAGCGAUGAGGAUCCGCACAGGGAAGAGGAAAUCCGCAAGUAUAGUGCCAUAUAUGGGAGAUUCGACUCGAAAAGGAAGGAUGGAAAGCAUCUGACUCUGCACGAGCUGACGGUGAAUGAGGCUGCAGCACAGCUAUGUAUGAAGGAGGUGGCAUUGCUGACUCGCAGGGAUGAGCUUUUCGGACUGGCCCGUCAGGUCUCCCGAGAGGUCACCUACAAAUACACCUACAGAACCAGCAAAUCUCGAUGCGGUGACAGAGAUGAGCCAUCGCCCAAGAGAAUUAAAACUGAGGAGGGCUGUUUUGACCUCCAGGAGGCGCUGCAGGCUAUUCACAUGCGCCAGGAGACCCUUAAGGAGCAGCUAGCCCACGCCAGAUCUAAGGGAGAGGAGACGGUUGGGCGGAACAUCCAGGUUCAGCUGGAGCGUCUGUUGGCCAAACAGAUGGAGAUACUGCAUGACGCCGCGGCGCAGGAUAGACUGCAGGCUCUAGAGUGGAGGGUUCCACCAGGGCCCUACAAACACAGCACAGGCAGGCAGAACAGCAACGGGAUCUCUGCUGACAAAAACACUGACCAGCAGGGAGAGAGGCCACUGAAUCUGAGGGUGACCAGCCAGAGGACGAGCGUAUCAGAUGGAGACACGCCUCUCGGAAAGCAGCUGGCCAAUGAGUUGAAGAGACAUCAUCACGCUAAUGCAGAGAACAAGACAUCAGCAGCCACAGAAAACGGAGCAGAUGCAUCUUCACAUGCCCUCAACCUCUCUGAGAAGAAGACCAUUAAAUCCGAGCCGGAAGAUUCCAGAUAGCAGCCGUGAAUGCUUUCGUUUCAAACCUACAACAAUACACGUCGUCUGUCAGUGAAUACUAAACAAGCACAACUACAGUAGAGCCUUAACAACCAAUGUUGCCUCAAAAUAGAGUUUAUUUUAGUUUCUCGCCGUUUUUGUUUUUGCCAAAGCACCUAGAGCCCUUAUUUCCAUUCUCCUGAGUAGAUUCACACUGAUUGUGCUGUCACUGACUGUACUCGUUUAAUUCUCUCUAGCUCUCAUCACUUGUUUUUAUGCUCUCCUAUCGCUGUGGACCACAAAGUCCGCUAUUUGUACAUACAUAGAAAAUGUCUGUUUGAAAACGGUUCAAUGUUAUUUAAAUACAGUAUGUGUUGUAUGUAUAUAUGAAUGCAUGUAAAAUAUCACUGAAAUGGAGGGAUGCAGUGUUUUUAAAGUUGUUAGUAAGCAGCUGUUUUUAAGUGAGCCUCCUGGAUUGGGUUUCUCUUUAAAGACCCCAUGCAAUCACUUUCAUUUCCUUUAUCGACUAUUUCCAUUUUUUUAAAGAGCCAGUAGGCUUUAUUUACACCAUAAACAGUGAUUUGCUACUUGCUAUUGCUAUUAGAUAGCUGGUGGUAUUGUUAGCAAAAACAAUAUUAUCAUUGUAGAGAACAUUUAAUUCAACAAAAAUAUUUGGGCUGCACAAUGUAUCAACAUAUUAUUGAUAUUGCGACAAGGCUAAAUGCAUCAGCAAAAGCGAAGCUUGGCACAGUUCAUUUGCUCAAGUACUUGUAAAUUUAGGCAAAAAUGAAGAAAUUAAGACGGAAAUAUUAGUAUUGUAAUCCUACAGUAUUUUAAGGUAUUUUUUUAUUAAAUAUUCUCUAUUUUGUAGUACAUUAGUAUUUUAUUAUUUCUUAUUUUAAGUAUAGUUCUAUUAAAUGAGACAAAAACAGUGGGUUCAUUUUCAACAGAAAAACUAAAUAUCGCAAAUGUCUGUUUUUUCCCCAAUAUCAUGCAGCUGCAAUCAAUAUUUUUUUUUAUUGUUUAUCCCACAAGAGAAUGUUUAAUUUUAUUUUUUUAAUCCGUGAAAGUGAAUUUUGUCACUAGCACACUAGCAUAUAGAUGACACAUAGGGACUAAAAACUCUAAUUUUGAUCUCAUGGGGUCUUUAAGGAAGUCAUUUGUCAGAAUUUCUGAUAGCAAUGCUAACGGAUCUGAAUAUAAAAGUCUACUAUGGUGCUAUGGCUGAAUUUAUUUGCGUAACAGAGGAAAACUGCGGCACACGUUGCUAUUUAAACACUGAAAUCUCGGAGCCAGAUGUUUGGCCUCCUUGUCAUCUUGAACGAAUAGUAAUGCCUGAUUUAUUACGAUACUAAGCACAAUUAAUAUAUUUAAUCGUACUCUAUACAUACCGACAAAAUGCUAAUAUAGACAAGCAUGUCUCCCCUCCCGACCAAUAGUCAUGUAAAUAGUUUAAAGACAUUCGCAACUGACUGGACUUGAAAACAGGGCGUCAUUACUGCACCAUUCCAGUCUUUAUCAUAAUCACGUAACGUAUUUGUAUUUCUGAAUAUUUAGUCGUAGAGCAAUACCGGGUAGCUGUUGUCACUUAACUCAGUGAACGUGUCUAGGUGUCCCAGCCCAGAGGACUUUCACUGUACAGUAUUUCUACUCUGUUUCGUAGUGUAGACAUAGUCUUAGAUUCAGCUAACAACGUGCAAAUGUAUGUGAAACUGAUAUGCACUAGUGUUUGAUUCUCAAAUUUGCAUCCUACUGCUCAACCUUUCUGUGUUUCUCAAUGGUGAUACAUGUUUUUGUAGGACUUGUACCAGUGAAAUCAUCGAGUCACACUCUCUAUGUAGUUUUAGAGUAUCAUGUGAGGUGAAGUAGGCACAAGAUAAUCAGGUUUUACACAGUUACAUGUCUGUAAUGUACCGGUCAAGCUGUUUUAUAAUCUGUAUUUGUGUCAAAGACAAAUACCUCUCUAUAUCGGUACGAAGAGACCGAUUUUUAACGUCCUGAUCAUACACUUCAGUAUUUCGAGGGAAUAUGUGGAAAAUAUUGUGUGCUUUUAUUUUUUAGGAUUAUUUUCAGAGAUCUCAAGUAUGCAAAAUCUUAAUUUAAGUGCCAUUUUAAACAUAUUUUUGAGAGCGUGCGAUAAGUUGGUAGGUUAUGAGAUGUCCCGUGUGAUAUAGACGAGCGUUAUGUGAAUAUUUAUCUGCAUUUUCAACUUUUUGCCUUAGUUUGAAACAUUCCAUGUUGCGAUUCUCCACUGGUGGUAAUUUAUUUUGGAUGUUCAUUUUAGUUGGAAUGGGAAAUGAGAUUUGGGAAGUUGUAUGAACAUCUGAGACUUAAAGCCUUGGCAAUAUCAAGCUCACUAAGAGCACUGGAACAAAAUUGACUUUAGAAAAAAAAAAAGGAAAAAACUGAUUGGACCUUACUGAUUACAUCAUUACCAAUGACCUAUAUAGCAAGACAUAUCUAGACGCCUACCUUUGUUCCUUGCUUGUUACUGUCUUUAACCACUCACAGAAAUUAUCAGUCUUUCUCUAAUCUUUGUACCUGCUUUGUAUAAUAGACUUAUGCAUCUUGGACUGUGGGAUGAAACUGUGUUGUCAGUAGAACUUGUUCUCAUCACUUUUGAGUAGAGAGUACAUUAGGAUAUGCAUACGGUAGUCCUGCACAUAUUGUUUUGUAAACACUAAUAUAUUUAAUUUGUUAUAGAGCACAUGAACAUUAAACUCUAUUUUUUUGACAUCUGA